AUGAAAGGAUUAUCUAGCAGCCGUAGUCAUCAUCAUGGGGUUGCCUGUGACCCUUCGUGUGACAGUCUGCCACACCACCCGGACAGGAAGCCAUAUUUGUUAAACCCAGUGGACCCCCAUCCUGCAGACCACCCUUACUACACUCAAAGGAACUCUUUUCAGGCAGAGUGCAUGGUGCCCUACAACGAUCAGAUUGCCAGCAGCACAUUUCCCCGGAGGCAUUAUAGUUCCCACCAUGAACUCAAGGAUGAGUGUGCUCUGGUUCCCCAUGGAACUGCCAACAAGACAAACCGCAUUCCUGCCAACCUUUUGGACCAGUUUGAGCGGCAGCUGCCUCUGAAUCGGGAUGGCUACCACACUCUGCAGUACAAGCGGACUGCCAUGGAGCACCGCAGUGACAGCCCAGGGAGGAUCAGGCAUCUGGUUCAUUCUGUCCAAAAGCUCUUUACUAAGUCACAUUCACUGGAGGGACCAUCCAAGGGGAGCGUCAAUGGGAGCAAAGCAAGUCCAGAGGAGUCACAGACGAUGAGGUAUGGGAAGCGCAGCAAGAGUAAAGAAAGGCGAUCAGAAGGUAAGCCCAGAUCCAAUGCAUCAGGAUGGUGGAGUUCAGAUGACAACUUGGACAAUGAUGUUUGCAUUUAUCAUAGUCCCAGUGGAGUCAUGACCAUGGGAAGAUGCCCUGAUCGUUCUUCUUCCCAAUACUUUAUGGAAGCCUAUAACACUAUUAGCGAACAUACUGUGAAGUCAUCCAGAAGCAAUAAUGAUGUCAAAUGCUCUACCUGUGCUAACCUGCCUGUAAAUUUGGACUCCCAGUUAAUGAAGAAAAGCUCUUGGUCCUCUACACUGACCGUGAGCAGAGCCCGUGAAGUUUACCAGAAGGCAUCAGUUAACAUGGACCAGACAGUGGUGAAAGCAGAGACGUGUCAACAGGAACGGUCAUGUCAGUACCUCCAGGUCCCUCAAGAUGAAUGGACUGGAUACACUCCACGAGGGAAAGAUGAUGAGAUUCCCUGCCGACGAAUGCGUAGUGGCAGUUACAUCAAAGCCAUGGGGGAUGAUGACAGUGGAGACUCAGACACAAGUCCAAAGCCAUCUCCAAAGAUUGCUGCACGGAGAGAGAGCUAUCUCAAGGCCACCCAACCAUCCCUCACAGAGCUCACCACCCUCAAGAUAUCCAGUGAACACUCGCCAAAGCUUCAGAUCCGGAGCCACAGUUACCUGAGAGCAGUGAGUGAAGUCUCCAUCAACAGGAGCCUGGACAGCCUGGACCCAGCAGGGCUGCUGACAUCCCCCAAGUUCCGCUCCCGCAACGAGAGCUAUAUGAGAGCCAUGAGCACCAUCAGUCAGGUGAGUGAGAUGGAGGUGAACGGUCAGUUCGAAUCCGUCUGUGAGUCGGUGUUCAGUGAACUAGAGUCUCAGGCAGUGGAGGCGCUGGAUCUGCCCAUGCCGGGCUGCUUCCGCAUGAGGAGCCACAGCUACGUCAGGGCCAUUGAGAAGGGCUGUUCUCAGGACGACGAGUGCAUAUCACUGCGGUCCUCAUCUCCCCCACGUACAACCACCACGGUGAGGACCAUCCAGAGCAGUACUGGGCUAUUAAAGCUAUCCUCUGUGAUAAAAAUGUCAUCCUGCAUUACCACCUAUAAGAAGACCCCGCCUCCAGUCCCACCAAGAACUACCACCAAACCAUUUAUUUCUAUCACAGCCCAGAGCAGCACAGAAUCUGCCCAAGAUGCAUAUAUGGAUGGGCAUGGACAGAGGGGAGAUAUCAUCAGUCAGUCUGGACUUAGCAACUCCACGGAGAGCUUGGACAGUAUGAAGGCGCUGACAGCUGCUAUUGAAGCUGCCAAUGCACAGAUCCAUGGCCCUGCAAGUCAACAUGUAGGGAACAAUACUGCCACCGUCACCACCACCACAACCAUUGCCACCGUUGCAGUAGAAGAUAGAAAGAAGGACCACUUCAAGAAAAACAGAUGCUUAUCUAUUGGAAUACAGGUUGAUGGUGCUGAAGAGUCCAAUAAAUCAGUUGAAAAUAAAGCAACCAGUAAGUUCCAGUCCAUAGGAGUUCAAGUAGAGGAGGAAAAGUGCUUUCGCAGGUUUACACGAUCUAAUAGUGUAACAACAGCUGUGCAAGCAGACCUGGAUUUCCAUGAGAACUUUGAAAUAAUCGACCCUCAAGAGGACAAUACAUGUUCUGGACAGAUAUCAAGACAAUUUUCCCGAGAUGCAAGCACCUCCACCGUUAGCAUACAAGGGUCAGGAAACCAUUACCAUGCAUGUGCAGUGGAUGAUGACUUUGAUACAGAUUUUGAUCCAUCAAUUUUACCUCCUCCUGACCCCUGGAUUGACUCUAUUACUGAAGAUCAUCUGGAAGCUGUUCAAAGGUCAGUGUGCCCACGAGAUGGCCACUGGUUUCUGAAGCUACUACAGGCAGAGAGAGAUCGUAUGGAGGGCUGGUGCCAACAGAUGGAGAGAGAAGAACGGGAAAACAACUUACCUGAGGACAUUCUAGGGAAAAUUCGAACUGCAGUGGGCAGUGCCCAGCUUCUCAUGGCCCAGAAAUUUUACCAGUUCAGAGAACUUUGCGAAGAAAACCUGAAUCCUAAUGCACAUCCACGGCCGACCUCCCAGGAUUUAGCAGGGUUUUGGGAUAUGCUGCAGUUGUCCAUAGAAAAUAUUAGUAUGAAAUUUGAUGAACUUCAUCAGUUAAAGGCCAAUAAUUGGAAACAGAUGGAUCCUCAUGACAAGAAGGAGAGAAGGGUCCCUCCUCCAGUGCCAAAGAAGCCAUCGAAAGGUCAGGUGCCACUCAUACGAGAACGCUCUCUGGAAAGCUCGCAGCGUCAAGAGGCCCGGAAACGGCUGAUGGCUGCCAAGCGCGCUGCAUCGGUCCGCCAGAACUCAGCUACCGAGAGCGCCGAAAGCAUUGAGAUAUACAUCCCCGAAGCCCAGACCAGGCUAUGAAGGGAUCCAACCAGGAGGACUCUCUCUGGCAAGACAUGCCUCAUGUAUAAUCUGCCCCUCUAGGCUCCUGCUCAAGGUCACCACAAAGUAUUUGUACCUCCUCCUCCUCUCUCUCUUGCUCUCUGCCCCCUCCUCUCCCCCUCCCCUCUCUCUAUACGCAGCCACCCCGAUGCUCCCAGUGAACUCCACUGCCGUGGCGUAGUUGUCGGUCCUCCGAGAGAUGUCCUCUAAUCGCCCUUGCUUUCUGAAGGUUCGCCCAUGCCAUCACGAUGCUUUGUCACAUGUACUGAUGCUGCCACUUUGCCUCAUGUAAACGAGUACGAUCUGUCUAUUUUUUCGUUUCUGUUUGAAACAAAUAAACGCAGCGCUCAGACUUCCACACACCCACCACCUGUACAGUAGAUGCUCCGUUUAACUUACUCAUGAUCUUUAGUUGACCUAAAGCUAGUCUGUUACCCAGUGUACAGCAAUAUCAAACUGUAGGGGACUUUGGAAAUUUCAGUCAUGCAGGGUGAUCCUUUCGGACUCUGCCGUCUUCCUCACACAAGAUGAAAGGAACUAAGACUCAGAUUCCCUUCUUUUUAUUACUGUUUUUUUUAAAGCAGAUGGCGCACUUUAAACCUCCGAAUCACACCUUCUCACCUGAAUUUAAGGAGUCACAUAUGGGGAGGGGGCUGGGGUGGGCAUAGGGAAGUGGGGGAGAAAAUAAAACACAGCUCUGCAAGGUGAAAAAGUGGAAGUAUAUCCCGCAGGUGAGAUGGCGAGGGAUAGAAAAGUUCCUGUGGAAAGAUACCUGCACACUCACAGCUGCACAAACUGCCUCAUUUUUAUUUCAUCAAUCACUACUUAAACAUUUCAAUCAGCAGAAGAUUGUAAAUUCGAUCUUCCAGGGAAAUAAUCUAUUUUGAAAGGCAAUAAAAGAGUGAAAAGGAAGGAGAUAAGAAGCAAUGACAGUUGAAGAGUUAAUAUAAAAGAAGGAUUUUCUUGUCCAAGUAUUAAGAAUUUUUAAAAUUGUACUGUAUUGUCAAUUCCUCUUGUAUUGUAUUGUAUGGAUUAUAUUGGUUAAAAAAAAAAAA